AGCAGAGCAGGUUUGCCUUCGCCUUCACAAUUCGCACCACAUUAUUGUCUUGUGUUGCCCGCAACCCAAAGCGGAUCAAACCCUAGAUCUCGUCCCCGUUCCUCCGAUCCUCAUGGAUUCCUCCUCCUCCUCGUCCAGCCUGAGCCAGCAGCCCGAGUUCGAUUACCUCUUCAAGCUGCUGCUUAUCGGCGACUCCGGCGUCGGCAAGAGCAGCCUCCUCCUCCGUUUCACCGCCGACUCCUUUGAGGACCUUUCCCCCACCAUAGGUGUUGACUUCAAGGUGAAGAUGGUUACCAUUGGUGGCAAAAAACUCAAGCUUGCCAUCUGGGACACAGCCGGACAAGAGAGAUUUAGGACCUUGACCAGCUCUUACUACAGAGGGGCACAGGGGGUUAUUAUGGUGUAUGAUGUCACUCGGCGGGAAACGUUUACUAAUCUUUCUGAUAUAUGGGCGAAGGAAAUUGACCUGUAUUCAACCAACCAGGACUGUAUAAAGAUGCUUGUUGGAAAUAAAGUAGAUAAGGAAAGUGAGAGAGCUGUGACAAAAAAGGAGGGGAUUGAAUUUGCUAGGGAAUACGGUUGUUUGUUUCUAGAAUGCAGUGCGAAAACAAAAGUAAAUGUAGAACAGUGCUUUGAGGAACUUGUGCUAAAGAUAUUAGACACGCCAAGCCUCCUCGCUGAUGCUUCGUCUGGGGCCAAGAAGAACAUCUUCAAGCAGAAGCCUCCGGAAGCCGAUGCCGCUGCAAGCAGCUGCUGUUAACAUGCUUUUGCCAUGCUAAUUCCGCGUCCUCCCGUGGAUGAUGACGAUGAUAUCUUUGUUUGGUGUGUCGGUUUAUUGUUUCUUCUUCUUUUGGUCCUGUAUAUGCUGAAUUUAUUACACCCACACAUAACUGUACGUUGGCAGCAGCUAUAUAAUAUAUCGUUUUUUGUU